AGAGCCCCCAACAUGCUGCGGCAACAAUUGAUCCGGUCGCUGCGGAGGCCUGCCCACCGCGCAGCCCUCAAUGGCAGCCGGGCCUUUACUGCCUCGGCCGUCCGGCCCGCAGAGGUCGAGCUCACCAUCGAUGGAAAGAAGGUGUCGAUUGAAGCCGGCGCCUCGCUCAUCCAGGCCUGCGAGAAGGCCGGCAGCACUGUCCCGCGCUACUGCUACCACGAGAAGCUGAUGAUUGCCGGGAGUUGUCGUAUGUGUCUGGUCGAGGUGGAGCGCGCCCCCAAGCCCGUGGCCUCCUGCGCCUGGCCAGUGCAGCCGGGCAUGGUGGUCAAGACGGACUCGCCGCUCGUGCACAAGGCGCGAGAGGGCGUCAUGGAGUUCCUGCUGGCCAACCACCCGCUCGACUGCCCCAUCUGCGACCAGGGAGGCGAGUGCGAUCUCCAGGACCAGUCGAUGAGGUACGGCGGGGACCGCGGUCGCUUCCACGAGGUUGGCGGCAAGCGUGCCGUCGAGGACAAGAACAUUGGGCCUUUGAUCAAGACAUCCAUGAACAGGUGCAUCCACUGCACACGCUGCGUCCGCUUCUCCAACGACAUCGCCGGUGCUCCUGAGAUGGGCUCGUUUGGCCGCGGCAACAACCUGGAAAUCGGCACCUACCUCGAGACUGCUCUCGACUCUGAGCUGUCCGGAAACGUCAUCGAUCUUUGCCCCGUCGGUGCCCUGACCUCCAAGCCCUACGCCUUCAAGGCAAGGCCAUGGGAGCUAUACAAGACCGAGACCAUCGACGUGCUGGACGGCUUGGGCUCCAACAUCCGUGUCGACUCCCGCGGUAUCCAAGUCAUGAGGGUCAUCCCACGCCUGAACGACGACAUCAACGAGGAAUGGAUCAACGACAAGACUCGCUUCGCCUGCGACGCCCUCAGCACACAGCGUCUGGUCAACCCGCUCAUCCGUGUCAACGACCAGUUCCAGCCUGCAUCAUGGGAGCAAGCCCUCGUUGAGAUCGGAAACGCCUACAAGAAGAUUGCACCCAAGGGCAACGAAUUCAAGGCUGUCGCUGGUCACCUGGUGGAGACUGAGACCCUUGUUGCCAUGAAGGACCUCGCCAACAAGCUCGGUUCGGACAACUUGGCUCUUGACCAGCCCGGCGGUAGCGAGCCCAUUGCCCAUGGUGUCGACGUUCGAUCCAACUACGCCUUCAACUCCAAGAUCUACGGUGUCGAGGAGGCUGAUGUCAUCCUUCUUGUUGGUACCAACCCGCGACACGAAGCUGCCGUACUCAAUGCACGAAUUCGGAAGCAGUGGCUGAGGUCAGACUUGGAAAUUGGUCUUGUUGGUGAGGAUUUUGAGAGCACUUUCGAAUACUCGAACCUUGGAGCCAGUGCCAACGACCUGAAGAGCGCCUUCUCUGGAGAGUUCGGCAAGAAGCUGCAGUCUGCCAAGAAGCCUAUGAUCAUUGUUGGCAGUGCUGUCGCUGAGCACUCAGACGCCAAGUCCUUCUUUGAGCAGGUCGGCAGCUUCAUCGAGAAGAACAAGUCCAGCUUCCAGACUCCUGAGUGGAACGGCUACAACAUCCUUCAGCGAGCUGCUUCGCGAACCGGUGCAUAUGAGAUUGGCUUCACUGUCCCAUCAACCGAGGUCGCAAACACCAAGGCUAAGUUCAUCUGGUUGCUUGGAGCCGACGAAAUCAACGAGGCCGAACUGCCCAAGGAUGCUUUCAUUGUCUACCAGGGCCACCACGGUGACCGAGGUGCACAGCUAGCCGAUGUUGUCCUGCCUGGUGCCGCCUACACCGAGAAGUCGGGCACAUACGUCAACACCGAGGGUCGUGUACAAAUGUCCCGCGCUGCUGUUGGUCUUCCCGGUGCCUCAAGGGAAGACUGGAAGAUUGUUCGUGCAGCAUCAGAGUACCUUGGCGCUGAGCUGCCGUAUGAUGAUGUUGAGCAGCUCCGAGACCGCAUGGAGGAGAUCUCGCCUGCUUUGAGGAGAUAUGAUGUUGUUGAGGCUGUGUCACAACCUGGAUUGAGCAAGGUUCAGCUCGUGGAUCAGAACAAGGGAGCACAAGCAUCAGGCAAACCUUUGACAAGGGCUAUUGAGAACUUCUUCUUCACAGAUGCGAUUUCCAGAAAUUCACCCACAAUGGCCCGUUGCUCAGCGGCAAAGGCAGAGAAGAACCCAGAGACUAACUUUAUGGCGCCUGGCGACCCGCAUCCGCAGAUUGCUUAUGGGCCUGGUCAACCAGCGGCAGCGGCAAACGUAUGAGGGUGUGCAUAGAAGGGAAAGGAGUGGAAAGAAGCAAGCUUUGGAGUUUGUUGGAAUUGUAUAUAGGCUUAUAUUUUCCCAGUGGGUUCUGGCAUGCGAAACUCACAAACAUGUAGAGUGAAUGAGAAUACCAGCGCGAUUGUUCAG